GCAACCAUGCUCAUUUACUAUAUAGCAGCCAUCUUGUUAAAGUUUUAUUUUUAUAGACUUAUAGCGCGAGAUUCAGGCGGAAGUCACUCUAUUUUACAAAUGGCUGCUGUUUAUAUAGCAAAUCUUGCUUGCAGACACUGCUGUUUAAAGUUAAUUUCUGGCCUAUAUUGAUAUAUUUAGCCAUUGAUUUAGGUUUAUUAUUCAUUUAUCUAUAAUAUUUGACACAAACAUAUCACAAUAUACUUCUAUUACAGCCUUGACAAUGAGGUAACGUUUUCGUACAUUAAUAGCCGCGGGCGAUUUUACGUACCCAAAACGAUAGAUUACCGUUAAGGCUUUAAUAAUUUAUAUUGUGACAUAUUUGUGUCAGAUAUUAUAGAUAGGCCGAUGCUAGCCGGAAAAAGAUGCGCAUGUGCAAUGGAGAGAAACUACGACUUGCCAUCGCAGCGAUGUUUUCGAUGGUACUGCGCAUGCGUGUGUUUACAACCGCAGAACCCUAACACCAAUCCUAACCCUAAUUCUUAAUUCUAACCCUAGCCAUAAGUCACUGCGCAUGCGCAGAGCUGUCUUUUGCCAACUAAGUGGAGAAGUUGGGUAGAAAAAUCUUCAGAGUAGUCACUUCGUUAUAGAUAACUGAAUAAUAAACCAAAAUCAAUGGCGAAAUAUAUCUAUAUUACAGGCAAUAAAUUAACUUUAAAUAGCUAAGCUAGGCCGUUCGAUUCAACGCUUCCGGCUUUGUUGUUUUGAAGCCAUCUCAUGGCUCAUGCGCUUACUAAAAUGGCGACCAGUUUCGCUUUCACUAAACGGUAUAGGAAUAAAACUAAUGAUUACGAGGCAAUCGUUAAUUUUAGAAAUCGGAACUAUCCGUUUCUAUUUAAGUCUGUUAUUUAAGAAUUGUCGGAUCUACUUUUGGCCUAAUUUCUUUGUUUGUCUCGCAAGCGGCGCCUUAGUGACAGUAGCUCUAUAUAAUUCUUAUCUUUCGAAUCAAAUAACUCUAAAAUAACGCUUCCAUAGCAAACCAGACUAUGUGCAUAUAAAACUUGAAAGCAUCAAUUUUACACACAUUACAAUUAAUUGGUAAUAACUUAUGGGCGGUAUGAGUUAUGGUCCGUACAAAUAAUAAUGGGAUUUUAUUAUACUCUUUUUUUGUAAACAUGAGGCGCGGGAAAAUGUGUGCCACGCAAGAAUCCAAUCAUUUGGCUAGAUUUAUGACUGUUUUUUGUCACACCUAAAAAUAGAAUGUUUACUCUUUCUUCAUUGAUGAUCAUUUUUAUUAUUUUUUAAACUGAAAUUUGUAACUUGCUAUACACCCUUUAUCUAUUUUAAAAGCAUAGCAUGCUGAUUGUGAACAAAUAUAGUCAUAAAACACAGAAAUAUAAAGGUACAAUGCGAUGUGUCACACCCCCUCAAGAAAACACGUGUUUAUUAAGCUGUUUAUCUCACUUUACAACAGUAAUUAAAAUUAAUUGUCAAAUUUUUAUUACUUAUUGGGUAAGAUUAAGCACAUGUUUACUAAAAAUUUAAAAAAAAAAACGAAAGUAAAUUCUGUUUUAAUGAAGGUCACAGGUCAAAUAUUUUUUCCUUCAGUCAAGUUCAGUGGAGGGUGCCACAGGCUGACCUGACUUUGGAAUUUUUUUCAGUAAUAAUGACUUUGCACAGAAAGUUAAAAUAUGCUAAAUUGGCUUAGUUUACUAGUGUGCUAGCAAUUAUUGAUAGAUUUUUUAAUUCAAAAAUCAUUAUGAAAUUUUCAUCAAAAUGCCUAAUUAAACAGCAGUGUUUGCAAGCAGAAUAAAAAGCGGCCAUCUGUAAAGUUCUCAGAGGAGCUGGUUUAGGGCAAGCUUUUUAGGCUAGGUUAAGGCAGUCAGAGUCACCAGCGGUCAGCUUAACAUGUCUGCCCGAGAUGACCUGAGACAAAGGAAUAAAAAGACAUCAUACAAUGAAGGUGAAAGUGAAGAAGAUUCAAACAAUGAUACCAGUUAUGUUUCAAACGUCUCCCUUGACAAGUCAUUGACUCCUGGUCAAAAGCGAGACACUUCUGUGUACAAAAGUUUUCUUGAGUCAUCCAGCAACAGCAGCCCAGGUUCCAGUUUUUUGUCUAACCCAUCCCCCUUUGCUAGUAGAAACACUCACCAAAACUCUCCCACUCCAACUAAAAGGAUAUACCCUCAGUUAGAUAUCAGUUCAAAAAAUGCUGAGUUCUCCGCUUCUUGUUCAGAUGUAGAUUCAAGUCCAAGAAGAAUACAGAAGGAAUCUGCUGAAAAUUCAAAGAUUUAUCCAGAUUUAAAGAAAUUAUCUUCUGAACAUUCAGACCAAGGCAACCAUUCUAAAAAUCUCUUUGUAUUUAUUAUGUUUAUUAUUAUUUUAGUUUUUGCAUAUCUAAUUUGGCCGUUCAUUAAUCCACGAGAGCUGGCUUCAUCCCCAGAAAAGAGAACUGUACAAGUUCUACCUUUUGAGAAAUUUAUUCAUGACAUGAAACAGCUGCAGUCUAACUUACCCAGUCAGAACGACCGUCUAUGGCGGACAAUCAAAGCUUCAGUCAAACACAUUUUAAAUGAAACCAGCUCAGAAUAUCCCAGCAUUAUUCUCAUGGCUUCUCAAAGCAAAGACUCCUCCACUGCCAGGUGUGUUGCAAAUCAAAUAGCUGCGAUAUUUCAGUCUGUGAACAAAUUAAACACACCCCCUUCUAUAACUGACAUCAAUUCCAUUAAAGACCUCGGAUCAGAUCUUCAGAAAAAAAACCUAGACGAUGCAUUAGAUUCUGCUUUGGGAUCUUCCAAAUAUAAAUCCGUAGUGGUUGACAACCUUCAGCUCCUGUCACCUGAGGCAGCAUUGAUUCUUCACAAGUACUGUGAUAAUGACAACGCGCCUUACAAGGAUAUCUUGAUGAUCCUGUUGCUUUAUGUGGAUCCUGCAUCACAGGCGGAGAGCGCCCACAAGGUGGAGAAUUAUUUGAAAGACUUGUGGCACCAGGGUCUAGACGCAGACAAGGUUGGUGCCUUGAUGAGUCGUGUAGCUAACAAUGUGGUCCUGGUGAGCCAUGAGGAUGUUGGCACGGUCAGUAAAAUAUGUCAGUCAUGAUCUUCCUGUCAUGGUUUGGUCACUUCUUGCUAAUUUAAAAUAACACUUUUGAAUAUGAGAAUAGCUUAUGAGUUUUCAUAAUGAUUGAAAGUAUCAAUUUAUCAAUGAAAUUUUUUGGGCAAUUUUUGUUAAAGAUAUUUAAAUUUUAGGAAAGAAGUUUGAAAGUGUCCGUAAAAAAAACAAGUCCUCAGCAAAAAUGUUAUGUGAGUCUAGUUUAAUAUACAUUGUAAUUCCACAUAUGGUAUUGUUUUGGAGAAAAUUAGGAAAGUAUUUUGCAAGUUAAUAUUACUACUACAUUGGUUAGUAAUGAAUGUAUAAAAAAAAGUUGUUACAACUUUGAUAAAACUAAAACUUUUAAAGCUUAAAAUUCCAUUGUCUUUCUAGAUUUUGUUCAAGAUUGUGUCCAAUUAUUGAAUACCUGUGACUUGAAAUAAUACUUCCAUUACUUUAGUUUUAAAUAUCAGUAUUUGAAGGAUUAAUGAUUCUGCUCUUGUCUAUUUUUCUUAUUGUCAUUACUUGCCACAACAGGUACUGCUGAUAAACUAAUGAUAUCAUGUUCCUAUUGUCAUGCCUGUGUUACUAUUGUAUUGCAUUUGUUAAUCCUUCCUACAGUGAGAUAAGUGAGACAAAUAUAAUCUACCACAUUUUUUCUUAUUGGAUUGAUACGAUCUGAUCAUUAAGUUCUAACACUAAGUUAAAAAUAUGUUUGUACUGUAUAUAAUUGUAACAAGUCUUUAGAUAAACAUUUAAGCGAGAACGCUUUUGUUAUAUAUAUUAAUUUUUUUGAAUCUGUUCAUAAUUUACAAUUGUAUUGUUUUGCCACAAAUAAAAAUUCCAAUAAAUAA